UUUACGCACACAGGAAUCGUAGCCUGGUCAACUCUUUGGCGAAGGACUUUACACACCUGUACACAUUCUGAGUGCGCACUGUUUACCGUAAAGUCGUUUUUUUUUUUUUUUUUUUAAAUCCCGCCCUCCAUUUGGUAGAAAACUCCCGAUGUCGCCUGGUUUUUUUUCACUGGGCUGACCCACAGGACAGGGAGGAGGAGGAGGGAGAGAGAGAGAGCGCAGAAAACACUAAAAACGGAGUAGUCUGGAAGGGGUCGGGGCUGGUAUUCCCUGAGCAGUUCUUCCCCUCCUUGUUUUCUCCCGGGUGGUGAAGAGGCCUUCUACACAUGUUCAACUAGAGCCCCCGUCUCUGAGCGCAGCGUGAUCUCUCACCUCUUCUAUCGAGCCACGCCCACAGGUCAAGUGUGUAUGGAGCGGUGUGAGAACGCGGCGGCUCUGCUGGAGUCAGUCAGGGAGCAGGAGGUGCAGUUUGAACAGCUGACCCGGGCUCUGGAGGAGGAGAGGAGGAGAGUGGGCCUCCCCGCCACCAGCCCCACGGCCCUGGCUCACCCCUUCCCUCACACGCAGAACGGGCGUUUAGGGGAUGCAGACAUAGAGCGUCUGAAGCUGACUGACUCGUAUAUAAACGGCACACAGUACAGAAUGGUGGACCCUGCACACGGAGCUCUGGACGAGAGCUACACCCCCGAGGACGAAUCCCACGAAGUCCACUCGGUCUUUUCUGAGGAAGGAACCGCGCGGAGGACGGACAACGGGAUGAAGAAGCCGAUCUCGCGCGCCGUCCCGCCCUCCCAGUCGUCGAUGGAUGGGAUGUUGUCGCCCGGCAUGGGGGUCUACAGCGCCACGCUGGACAGGCCCUACCGGCCCACCGGAGUCGGGGACUACCCCACGGCGACGGUACCCCGAAAUUAUCACUACGGUCCCGUUGGUGGAUAUGAAGACUACAGAGGAGGCCCGCCUUCGGAGGCGUACGCCAGUCUGAGCAGGGGCUCACACAUGGAUGAACGCUACAGGCCGGUGGACGGCUACAGAACCCUGGACUCCGGCUACAGGGCACCCAGCCGUCAGCAGCUGGACCCGUACGCCGCACAGCCCCAGGUGAGUCGGGGGAUGAGGGCCCUGGGCUCAGCCUUGGAGAUGAGGUAUGGCAUCGCCCCCUACGCUCUGGAGGACGAUCAGCGCAGCAUGGCAUAUGACGACUACAGCCAGGGGCCUCCGAUCAUGCACCCCGGAGGCUACGGUACGAUGCCGCGCCUCGGACCGGGCCCAGGCGCCAUGGACAGGCGGAGGCUCAGGAGCUGCGAAGACACUUUGGACGGUGACGUGGUGGGAGUGGACCCCUAUGCCUGGGGGGUUCCCAUGACGCUGGACAGGGGGAGCAUGGCUUCCCUGGAUAGCACGCUGAGGAAGGCCCCCAACUCCGCGUGGAGGCAGCCAGAGCUACCGGAGGUGAUAGCGAUGCUGAACUACCGCCUGGAUCCCGUCAAGACCAACGCUGCUGCCUACCUUCAGCACCUCACGUUCAAAAACGACAAGGUGAAGUCAGAAGUGCGGCGCCUAAAGGGCAUCCCAGCCUUGGUGUCGCUCUUGGACCAUCCCAGCAAGGAUGUUCAGCAUUCGGCCUGCGGCGCCCUCAAGAACAUUUCGUACGGGCGUGAGGCGGACAACAAGAUCGCCAUCAAAAACUGCGACGGAGUGCCGGCUCUCGUCAGGUUGCUGCGGAAAACCCACGAGCAGGACCUCACCGACACGAUCACAGGCACCUUGUGGAACCUCUCCUCCAACGAUUCGGUCAAGAUGGAGAUCGUGGACCACGCUCUGCACGCCCUGGCCGAUGAGGUCAUCGUCCCUCACUCGGGCUGGGAGAAAGGCGGCGGGGGCGGCAGCAGCGGGGGCGAGGAGAGCUGCAAGCCCCGGCAUCUGGAGUGGGAGACCGCCUUGACCAACACUGCCGGCUGCCUUAGGAACGUGAGUUCAGAACGGAGCGAGGCCAGACGGAAGCUGAGGGAAUGCACGGGGCUGGUGGAUUCCCUGAUGUACAUCGUCCAGUCGCAAAUCAACCGCAAAGAUGUGGAUAAUAAGUUGGUGGAGAACUGCGUCUGUCUCCUGAGGAACCUCUCCUAUCAGGUUCACCGUGAGAUCCCCGGCUGCGAGCGCUACGCGGAGGCGGCUCCCGCCAACCAGGGCACGGCCUCCACCAACAAGGGAGGCUGCUUCGGUUCGCGCAAGAGCAAAGAUGAGUGGUUUUCCAAAGGAAAGAAGGAGGGAGAUGAUGGGAGUGCAGAUAUGUGUGAUAUUCCAAAAAGGACAACGCCUGCAAAAGGUUAUGAGCUGCUGUUCCAGCCAGAGGUGGUUCGUGUUUACACGUCUCUGUUCAAAGAGAGCAAGAACCCCUCAGUGCUCGAGGCCGCCGCCGGUGCCAUCCAGAACCUCUGUGCUGGCCGAUGGACUUUUGGUCGGUACAUCAGGGCCAUGGUCCGUCUGGAAAAAGGUCUCCCCCUGGUGACAGAGCUGCUGUCUCAUGAUAACGAUCGUGUUGUUCGGGCGAUGUCCGGAGCCCUGAGGAACCUCGCUAUCGACAACCGCAACUGCGAACUCUUGGGUUCGCAUACUGUGCCUAAUCUCGUCGCUAUCUUGCCUGGAGGGCACACGGUGCCUCGGUGUGUUCCGUCUGAGGAGACGAGGGUGUCGGUACUGAGCACGCUUGCUGAGUUGUUGGGCAACAACGUGGAGGCAGCAAAGACCCUCAGAACCUCUGGAGGCGUUGAGAAGCUGGUGCUCAUCAGUAAGGACGGCAGCUCCUCUGACCGUGAGGUGCGAGUAGCGGGUCAGGUGCUCCAGCUCAUCUGGGCUCACAAAGAACUGCGCCGGCCUCUGGAGAAAGAUGGCUGGAAGAAGACGGACUUCAUGGUGAGCGCCACCACCAGCAACGGACCGAGCACCCGAGCUAACGGCACCUACGAGGACAGCACCACACCCUUACUGGACAGAGGAGACAAGAGGAAUCAAAUUCCCAUGAAUGAUCUUGGCCCCAAUUCCUACCCUACACUGGACCAGAAGGAGAGGAGGCACACUCUGGAUGAAACCACAGACACUUUACCGCGAGGGGUGUAUGGGAGCAGAAAGGGCUCCCUGCCUCUGUUGGAUUCCUACGAUGGUUAGCCCACCCCCCUCCCCUCUAACCCCCCCCUCUCUGCAUGUAACAGCAUGAAAAAAUCAUAGUGUGCAUCACCCAGACUGGGCCGUCCCUGCCCUACCACUGUUACUGAGGAGAGAGAGGAGGCGGUCAUGGAGGCCGCCUUCUCCUCCUCUUCCUCUCCUCCUCCUCUCUUUAACCUCCUCUAUCGCCACACAGCUGGAGUCAAAAGAGGAUCAGCAUCCAAAGAAAGUGGUCGCGUUGCUGGCAAAGAGUUACAGACAGCACACACACAUGCAAGCAUACCCAUUUCAUUCAAUUGUAGCAGCAGAAAUAUAUUCAGUUUAUAAAUUAUAGUUGUCUUCUGUAAAGGCAAUCACCUUUGUUGACAAUCAUCUUAUCCUGCAGCCGCCAUCCUGCUUUUCCCCACUUCUUUUUUUUCUCGCCACUAGGUAAACAAAUGGUCAAUAUGUUGCUACCAACCCUUGCAUCCUAACCACGAAUCUGUAUUUAGAGUUUUAUGUAGGGUUUAUACUGUAUAUAAAAGUGAAACAGGAUGACUGCAUUAGUUUUGGCUCAUUAAUUUAAAUUGUCCUUUUUUUUCCCCCCUGGUGACGUCUGGAGGCCGGAUGCGCCCACAGGCUGCCCUGUAGAUGGAGAAUGUUUUAUAUAGGAGUUAUUUUCCUGUCUAGAGUUAUUUUCUCUCUGCUGGGAUGAGCACAGACCUAAAAGAAGGCAUGUGUGUAUUUUUGUCAGAUGCUAAACCUGUGGCUGUGUGUGUUUUCUUGUCAAAUUGAUUAUGGACCUUUUUUUUUUUUUUUUAAUCAAGAGUUAAUGUCUUUGCUUGCAGAUGCGUUUGUUCAUUUUGUCAGAUUUGUUUUUUUUUUUAAAUUGUCUUAUGUUCCUGCUGCCUCUUUUUGUGGUUUUUAUGAUUUUUGAAUUGAGUUUUCUCCUUCUCCCCCGCGCCUUCAGAAGAGGUAAGAAAAAAAAAAAAAAUCCUUUCAGCUGCUUUCUCACUUUAUUUCCGUCUGGAUGUAGCAGACACGUCCAGUACAAUGUGUCAGACCUGGUACUGGGAUAUGAAGCUGUGAGCAAACACUACAUGUAAACCACUAAUCGAACCAGCCCUAUUGCAACUGGAAAAAAAAAUAAAUAAAAUAAAAUAAAAAUCAGGCUAAAGUUCUCUUAACUUUUAAAUAAGAGUCUGCCAUUCAUACCUGCACCUCUUAAUCCGUUUUGUGACGUCUGAAAUCUGAAUUUCGGAGGUUUUGUUACUCAGAGGAGACUCGAGUUUUCAUACAGAUUUGGGAGAGAUGCUCUUUUAAUUUAAUUUUUAGGUCUGACCCAUUUAUUUUGUAUUUUGUUCUCUUUGUGUCCGGUUUGUAUUUUAUUUUUGGGGGUUUGUAUGUGGGUGAGAGCAUUAUGCAAUUUGUUUUAAUUUCCUUUUUUUUUUGAUUGAGCUUUUACUGCUAUGCUUUCAAAAGCAAAAGAGACCAAUCUUUUUAGUUUUUUUUUUUUUUCAUAAUAUCUU